AUGCCAGAGCCUAUCCGGAUACCGUCUCCAUUACCACCUCCAUCGAAUCUUCAUCUGGAACAUUUAUCUAAUUGGACAUCAUAUAUGUCCAAAUCCAACAGUAAAAUUGUCAUGAGAAUUAGUAAAUUACCUAUAUGUGUAUUACUGGCAACGCUCCCAUAUGCGUUAAUUGACGAUGGUAGAUUUUGUAAUAUAAUUUCACACUCCAGGAAUCAGAGAGAAAGAACAAGUUGA